AUGUCACUCGCUGUACUCAUCCUCACUGCAUAUGCCGUUGUCGAUAAAAUCAAACACCGCCAUGAGCGCGAAGAACGAAGGCGGCACAAGCCCGAGCAUACAGACACCAAGAUCCAUUCCAUCUUCAGGCCGGCAAAUCUACAAACGUACAGAGAUUGCGCCACAGCGAUGAGGCCCGCUCUAAGACUCGCCUCUCGACUUCUAGCAACUGACCAUUUACUCGGCUUCUGGUACACCGUUUUCUUCAGCGACACAAUCGAGAUUCGGACACCCGAAGACGCGAAAGCAGGAACAAGACACUUCAUGUACACGGAUGCACCACGAAAACUAACCCACGACCAAAUCCGGCGCACAAACCACGUUUUGAAACUUCUGGCAGACUGCGUAACCUUUGAUCUCGAAAGCAAGCAGCCGCGCUACGGAGGUGGAAGAUGCAAACACCUACGCCAACAGCGCGCCGCAUUACACUUACAAGGCCACAAGAGCGAAAUCCAAAUCUCCUCGUACUUCUACGACUCCCUCACGAAUUCAGCGAUCUCGGAAGCGGAUAAGGUGUGGUUACAAUUCGAGCUCGCGAAGACCUUACUACAUGAACUAGCUCACGCGGCGGUCAAUGCGGCGAGGGGCAGGGAGUCGAAUCAUUAUUAUUUCUUCCCGGGUUGUAAUGUGGCGGAAGAUGGCUUUCAGCUCGAGGCGGAGCUUUUUGGGGGUAAGAUCGAUCUCGAUCGGGAGGAGUUCAAGGCGGGUUUGAGGAAGGGGGAGCAAGGGCGGAGUGGGAAGCCGUUGAUUCGAGGGUUUCGAAGGGCGUGGCCUUGUCAGGGGGUUGUGGAGGAGUAUCUGGCGAGAGGGUCUUCUAUUGGGGUAAGGGGCCCUGUGGCUCGUCGGCGGCGGACGGAGGAAGUUGAUUAUGUUGCUGUCUCGCGGCUGCUUUGUCCUUCGGGUGGGUAG